AUGGCUGCUCCUUCAAGUCGAGAAGAGGCACCUAUUGAUAGGCGGUGCAGUCAACCCUCUGCCGAUAAUGACCUCACUCGGCCAUCCAGACCCAACUUGACCCACGCUCUUCUACAAGUCCAAGCCACCGACACUGCUUUCAGCUACAAGGCAACCGAAUCAGCCGCCCGCGCCGCCGCACACCACAACGACGAAGCACUAUUCACCCAACCGAUCUCGCCAGGAAAUCAUCGCUUCGAGAUCGAGGUCCGCAACAUGGACUUCCGCUCCUUGGUAGCCUGGCUGCGGCUCGUCGAGUAUUCUUUCAUAAGUCUGCUGCUCACCUUCCACAACAUCCCGCCACUCGAUGAGAGCCUGAGCCCGACCCUGUGGGAUCUAGUCCGUGAAGUGAACCACCGUCCAGAGACCUUGGAACGAAUACUUUUCUAUGCGAAGGAGCCUGGACGAUGGCGUCUUGAGCAUUAUGUUCGGCAUAUAAGGGACUUGCUCGAGCAGGUUACAAGUACUUCUCACGUUAAUCCGAGUGGAGCAGAGCUGCAUCGUCGGUAUGAGGCUUGGAGGGCGGCGGCAUUGUACGAUCUUGGUGCGAAGGAGGAAAUGCUAUGA